UUUUUUUAAAUCACUAUAAAGGUUUUAUAUCUUAUUGCAUAUUAGUAUUAUUACAAUAUUUUUUUAGUAACAAACUUAUAAGUUCUUAUAGGUCCUCAGUAUAUGCUCAAAUGUUUUAAUCAUAAAUGGACCAUUAGGCAACUUAUUCAUUGAAUAAAUUUCUAUUUGCCUUAGUACUCAUGCAUAUUACCAUUGGCUGCAUCACACUUAAAAUAUAUAUAAAUAACUUGCCAUACAUUAUGUUGCAGUAUAGCCUUCUGUAGUGUGCAUGAAUCUUUAGGCACUCUUUCGGAAAUAAUGGCAAUAUUUCAAUGAACAUUCUGUCUAGGUCCCUGAUUUUGUUUUUAAUUAACAAGAGCUAUUAUUUUUUAUAAUGGAAAACUCCAAAACCAUAGCAAAGAUUAUGCUUCGAUGAAAUUGUAUAUCUAUUAAUUAUGUAUAUUUGUGCAUCUGAAUUUAGGAAAAAUGGAAAAUACAUUACAGGUAUAGAAAAAAAGAAUGAAUACUGGAAAUACAAUAAAUUUUAACAACGUUAUGAAAAAGCUAUUUGGCACCUACAAUUAAGCACAGGUAGCAAUACUACUUAACAGUCGUCCCCGCAUUCUUGUAUGGUGAGAAAGGGCAUACAACUUUGGUUUAGGCAUGUAAUUUUAAGGUUGACGAAACUGAUAUACAGUUCGAAAGCGGACGAUUGCAAGUACCUGGGAGACCUGUCCCUAAAUAAGGGGCAAAAUAAUCUAUCAAUAGAGUCAUUAUCGCUAACUAAUCCAUAAAAUAGUAUUCUAUCAUACAUAUAUUUAAUAAUUUAGCUACCUAUCAAACCAGCUAUCUAAUGGAAGAGUUGAGUCUCAGAAACCAGCAUUUAUACGUGAGUCCAGUUAUGAAUGUGAAUGCAAAUAUUUAAGGAUAGAGGCCAAGCCUUGACACUCGGUUUUAUGUACCCUACAAUAAACUUAACGUGAAGGUGAAAUAAUAGUGCUGGGUUUCCUAAAAUAUAUUUUAAAACUACCGCUGCCAGAUAAUCCGGAAUUUGUUAUAAUUGUGAGUCGUAUUGUUCGUGUUCAUUAAGAGUUGUCUAUUAAAUGAUUGCAUAUGAUGCCGUUCACGAGACACUAGACCAAUCAACUUAUGGAACUGAGAUGGUAUGCCACCAAUAUAAUUUAUACAUAAAAUAAUAUGGGCAUUCAUCAUUGCUGAACGAUACUAACACUCAUUAUGUUUGAGUGCAAUUAUUGUGCCUAAUAUUUACAUUUUACUAUCACUUUUUUUUAAUACUUAGAUUAUUUGCUAUCUUUACUUGUUAGUGAGCAAAAGGUUUUAUUUGUUCCUGAUUAGUAAAUAAGUGCUCUGGUCUUGAUUUUAAUACUCGUAAAAUUAAGAGCAAAAUAUUAAAUGGCAAUAAAUUUAGAUUUAAAUACAUAAUUUCAAUGAGGAUUAAUAAAGUAUUUAAAGGCAACUAAAUCAAUUUACUAUCUAUAUUUUUCAGUAUCGUACAAGUUGAAACAUUUAAUAGUUUAUCAAGUCCGACUUGUGACAAAAUUAUUAUUCAGUAAUAAUAUUUUGCCUUAAAUAAUAUUGGAUAUUUAGUUAUAAAAUGUAGAUUACUAUGUGUCUAGCUCAAAUAAUACAGUAAAGUUUGUUGUUUAUGUUUUACCAAUAUUAAUCAUAAUAAAUAAAUAUUGUUUUACAUGUACCAUUGUUAUGCCGAUGGUAAAACGUCGAAUGGUGAGCGAGUUGAUAGAUAAAUAUGACAAACUGCAUUUAAUUGUAAAUUAUGUAAUACGUAUUUGAUGAUGAGUCACUAAUUUACUAUUGCGCAUUUUUCUUAAGAAAAUUGAUUAGAAUUCAAAUAAAUUAGUAUAAAAGUGUAUAUUAUUAAAAAUCGUAUAUAUUAUUAAGAAAUUACUCUUCAGUAGAAGUUGCGUUUAGUAUAGGAAUUAGCUGGACCAAAAUUUUCUUUGUAUCGAGAGCGAAGAUGUAAGACGCAAGAAUAAGUUUUGAAUGCUGUAUAUUCAUUGAAAAAUAUUAAAAAAUGUAAAUAAACACUUGCAAUAAUAGAAGUAGGAGAGAUAUGAGUUUACAUAGUAAUUUAUCUGGCCGCAAAACACGACAGAUAUGGAUUUUCAUAUAACUUUUGCUGGCCGUUGCCCGCAUGUAUCUGUUUGUCAAUGAAUGUAACUACUAUAAUUGAAUACCUAUAUCAAUACUUUACACAGAAAUCUAAACAAUAUGAUGGACGGAAACGACUUAGCAUCUGAAACUACAAGGAGGAGUAUUAUUUCCCAAGCCUGGACCCGUAUUUCUCAGGUGUAUCAAGGUACACUAGAUAAAUGGACACCCCACACAAAAACGAGAUGGAGUGGAAGUAUACUACUUUUAAUUAUUUUUAUGCUCCGAAUAUUCACAAAACAAGGUUGGUAUAUAGUUACAUAUGCACUUGGAAUUUAUCAUUUGAAUUUAUUCAUUGCAUUCCUGACACCAAAAAUAGACCCUGCUAUGGAUUUUGAUGGAGACGAUGAUAAUGGACCAGCUUUACCAACUAGAUCAACUGAAGAAUUCAGGCCAUUCAUACGAAGAUUGCCUGAAUUCAAAUUUUGGCUUUCUGUCACCAAGAGCACACUCAUUGCUAUUGGCUGCACUUUUAUUGAUGCUUUCAAUAUACCAGUAUUCUGGCCAAUAUUAGUUAUGUAUUUUAUCACACUAUUUUGUAUCACCAUGAAAAGACAAAUCAAGCAUAUGAUCAAAUACCGAUAUCUACCAUUUACCCACAGCAAGCCAAAAUAUAAAACUGUGGAAUCCUCAGUUACUGUAAACUGACGAUAAACCUGGCUACCAACUAAAUAAAAACGGAGUGCAUAGUUAAAUUAACUUAAAAACUGUUGUAUGAUUCUAGAAAUACAGUUUUUAUUAUAAUGUU